UGGCUGAUGGUUCGAAGCUGAUCAAGAAUACACAUAUAGGUCCACACACCAACAUUUUGAUCGUCUUCAAAUCGCAUCGUGGUCCAAGGGAUGAAGCGGGCACGCUCGUCAUCGGCGGCAUCCUCGAUAUCGUCGAGCUCAGCUGGAUCUACUUCUCAACCCUUAACGAGCAAAUACAGACGAACCGACUUGUUGCCCCAACCUACCGACUCACAUCUUACCUGCCAACUCCCGCCAACAUGUUCCGAUUCUCCGAAUACCUUCAACAGCACAUCUGAGCUGCAAACCCAUUACAGCCACUGUCAUCUGCAUGGCUGUCAAGCGGAAGCGUGCAAUAAGGUGUUUCCCGAUGCGAGAUUGCUCGAACUGCACGAGAUAGAGAAUCACGAUCCAUUUUCAUCAGAGCAACAGCGAGCUGGACAGAAGAUCUUCGAAUGCUUUCUGCCACGGGACGUAUGCGGUAAACGAUGCUCCACCCCAAGAGGACGCCGGAACCAUAUGAUCCAGAUUCAUCAUUUCUCCAAACAAUACUUCUUCUCGGUGACCAACCAUGGCGUAAGCCCUCAGCACGCUUACCGUCAGCCAGAAAAUCACGAUGCCAACGGAAUGAAUUGUUGUUAUAGAUCGGGGAUAUGGUCAAGCGUUUUGGACCCGGAGCGAGUAUGAUCCGGCCGCAAUGGAAAGGCCCGAAAGAAAUCCUGUCUUCUGGCUCGGGUCAGAAAGAGACUCUAGGUGGGCACGAAGGAGGGGCCGCAGCGUUACAACCGGUAGCGACAUCCACCAGCGGGGACAAGACAGUAACCAAGGACCCGGUUGAGAUGAUGUCGAAAGAACCCGCGCCUCAGGCGGAUAUUGAUAUGGAGACCUUGACUAGCUCGCUGGCAAUCACCAGCCUGGGUCUUGUCCCUCCGAGUGUCGCUCGAAAACAGAAGAAGAAGGUGCA